AUGGCGACAAAAGCAGCAAUGGUAAGGCUAGUAGUUGAUGCUGGAAAGGCAGCUCCUGCUCCACCUGUAGGUCCCGCAUUAGGGUCAAAGGGGGUCAAAGCCAUCGACUUCUGUAAAGAGUUCAAUGCCCGUACCGCCCAUUAUGAACCGGGAACCCCAGUUCCCUGCUUAGUCAAGGUCAAACCAGAUCGAACAUUCCUGUUUGAGAUCAAGUCACCACCUACAUCGUGGUUAUUAAUGAAAGCUGCUCAAGUUGAAAAGGGCAGUGGUAAAGCUGGUAGUGAAGUUGUAGGGACGAUAAGUUUGAAACAUGUUUGGGAGAUUGCCAAGAUUAAACAGACCGAUGAUCGACAUAAGGGUUUGGAUUUGAAGGCUAUUGUGGGGAGUAUAAUAAGUACGGCGAAUGUAGUUGGUAUUAAAGUGGUACCAUGA